UUUCAAUAAUUCAUUGCGCCAUGUCACAUUGAGUUAAACGUGAGUUCGUACGGAUCAUGCGCUGAAGAAAGAUCAUCAAGUCUUUGUUAUCUGCAAAAUCCUCAGACAUCCGUCAACUACACUUCUGCAACCAUGGCGUCAUUAGGUAUGGGAGGUCAAGAAAUGCCUGAUCCAUCCAAACCAACAGCAAAGUUCAAGCUUGUAUUAGUCGGAGAUGGAGGUACGGGGAAAACAACAUUUGUAAAGCGUCAUUUAUCGGGAGAGUUUGAGAAGAAAUAUAUUGCUACCCUCGGAGUAGAAGUUCAUCCCAUCAAGUUCAACACAAAUCGUGGGGUUAUCCAAUUCAAUGUCUGGGACACAGCUGGGCAGGAGAAAUUUGGCGGGCUACGUGAUGGUUACUACAUCCAAGGUCAAUGCGCAAUCAUCAUGUUUGACGUCACGUCCAGAGUCACAUACAAGAAUGUGCCCAACUGGUAUCGGGAUCUCACAAGGGUAUGCGAGAACGUCCCCAUCGUCUUGUGCGGGAACAAGGUUGACAUCAAGGACAGAAAGGUGAAAGCCAAGACCAUCACCUUCCACCGGAAAAAGAACCUCCAGUAUUACGACAUCAGCGCAAAGAGUAACUACAACUUUGAGAAGCCGUUCCUUUGGCUGGCCAGGAAGCUGCUCGGAGAUCCCAACCUCUGCUUCACAGAGAUGCCUGCUCUCCAGCCUCCAGAGGUCCAUAUAGACCAAAGUACCAUGCAGCAAUACGACAAAGAUCUUCAGGAAGCACAAAGCACAGCUCUGCCAGAUGAUGAUGAAGAUUUGUAAACUAAGUAGCCCUCCCAAUCUGUU